GCCACUGGAAGGAACGCCUGAGUCAGAGCAUCGGGAAGCGCUGCUCGCAGUGAGCGCACAUGAAGCAGCUGCGCGACUGUCUUAAUCCAGCUUUUAAAAAAGCUACAGGAGAACUUAGCGGGCAGAGUUUCUGCGCACGUCCUGGACGGUAUUUGGAGUAAAAACUGAAGCGGAGCUCUGACCAGUGUCAUGGUUGCACCAGGUAACGUCAGCAGCAUCAAAGAGGACCCUGAUGUGACACAAAACAUGGAGAAGGUGAGAACUCUGCUGCACUUUCCUCCGUAUGGUGCCAUGGAUGAAAACCCAACAGGGGACACCUGCCCCACCUGCCGUGGCACCGGAAAAAUUCCCAGAGAACAUGAAGACCAGCUGGUUGCUGUGAUUCCGUGUAAUGAUGUAAGGCUGAAACCCAGACACACGAAGCUGUACGUGUGCAUCUCCAUGGCUCUGUGUCUCUUUGUUUGCUGCCUAAUCCUCUUUUUCCUCUUCCCACGGAGUGUCACUCUUACCCCGGUGUCUGUGCUGUCAGUCAUGGUCUACUUCAUGCCAGAUAAAGUUGAAAUAGAGGUCACAAAUCUCAUCAACAUCACCAAUGACAACUACUACCCAGUUGAGAUUGUCAACUUCAGCAUUCAGCCUGUGGUUGCUCAAAUAGCCAUCGAAAAGACCAAGAUCACCAAUACGACAGCCAUGCAGCCCCGAUCGCAGAAAUCACUUCCAAUUCUAAUUGGCCUGAAUAUUAUAGAUGAAGGCAUAGCCUCUUACUGCAAGUCAACCAGUUUUAAGAUUCACACCUUAUUCCUGGAGCUUCAAAUGACGAUGAAUAUUUCGUACCUCUCCCACACGGAGCAGCUGUCCGUGGACACCUUUGAGUAUAUCGACUGCGGCACCAAUUCAACAACCCCACACCCUGUGAGCUCAUGAAUUAACAUAAAUGAUCACUGCUGUACAAUCAUCUUUUUCUCUCUGUUGUUUUAACACAUGAGGACACUUUAAAUUAAUCACUACAGUGUUAAAAUGUUAAAAUGUUGUUUUUGCUUUUGUGUUUGAUCUGCAUGUAAAUGUAAGUUUCACAACAUUGUGGGACAGAAGUACAAUUUCUGAACUGUAAAACGUAAAAGUUAUUUUUGAGUCAUGUCAUUUUAUGUAAUAGUGUGUUGACCUCUGAUCAUCUUAUUCUUUUUCAUUUGCACUUUAUUAAACUGUGAAAGUUAA